CAGAAGACGACGUACAUCGCUUCAGAGGCAACGAUACUCACACUGACUUCUUCCGUUUAGUUAUGAGAGAUAGUGAUUCCUUACUUGUGGGCGGAAGAAAUGUCGUCUACAAUUUAACCUUGGCUGAAUUAACUGAACAACAAAGACUGACUUGGUAUUCUAAUGAGCAUGAUGCUAAAAUGUGUGUUAUGAAAGGAAAGGAUGAGGAAAAUUGUCAAAACUAUAUUAGGAUUAUGGCGAAAACCAGUACAGGAAAACUACUUCUGUGUGGUACCAAUGCCUUCAAGCCUAUAUGUCGAGAGUACAACAUAUUAACCAAAAAUUAUACAUCGGCUAAAGAAAAACCAGGACAAGCAGUAUGUCCUUACGAUCCUCAUCACAACUCCACUGCAAUCUAUGUUGACGGAGACCUGUAUACAGGAACUGUGGCCGAUUUCAGCGGUAUGGACCCUAUUAUCUACAGGGAACCGCUACAAACAGAACAAUAUGACUCGAUGAGUCUCAACGCUCCCGAUUUCGUCGGAUCUAUGACCCAGGGGGACUUCGUUUACUUCUUCUUCAGGGAAACAGCGGUCGAAUACAUCAAUUGUGGCAAGGCUGUUUACUCACGUGUGGCUCGAGUAUGCAAGAACGACCGUGGAGGCCCUCAUCGUUUUCGUAAUCGUUGGACGUCUUUUCUCAAGUCGCGCCUGAAUUGUUCAGUUACUGGAGAAUUUCCAUUCGCCUUCAAUGAAAUCCAAUCUGCCACAGAUCUGAUUGAAGGCAAAUACGGUGACGUACAAGCUCAACUAGUUUACGGCACUUUUACUACCCCUCCAAAUAGCAUAUCCGGCAGCGCGGUGUGCGCUUUUAGUCUUCAAGAUAUCACCGACACUUUCGAGGGAAAUUUCAAAGAGCAGGCUGCUAUUAAUUCUAAUUGGUUACCUGUUCUGAGUAAUAAAGUUCCGGAUCCGCGGCCUGGGCAGUGUCAUAACGACAGUAGGACGUUACCCGAUCUUACGUUAAAUUUUAUUAAAACGCAUUCGCUGAUGGACGAGAGUGUGCCCAGUUUCUUCGGGCAACCGAUACUCAUCAGGACGAGCUUUCACUAUCGAUUUACACAAAUUGCAGUGGAUCCGCAGGUUAAAGUUCCAGGCGGCAAAACAUAUGACGUCCUUUUUAUUGGAACAGAUAAUGGAAAAGUGAUAAAAGCUGUCAACGGAUUAUCUGCGGAUUCAAGACACGGAGUAAGAACUGUCGUCAUAGAAGAGAUACAAGUUUUUCCGGUCCAUGCUCCGGUGAGAGGUAUCAAAAUUAUGAAAAAUGUUAAAAGUGGAAAAGAAGAGUCCCGGCUCGUUGUCGUUUCUGAUACAGAAGUUCAGUCGUUAAGGGUGCAUCGAUGUGAUAGUAAUAAAAUAUCAAGUUGUAGUGAAUGCGUAGCUCUCCAAGACCCCUAUUGCGCUUGGGACAAAGUGCAAGGAAAAUGCAGAUCCAAGGGUUCUGGUCGUUGGGGCGAAGAAAGUUACUUCUUCCAAAGUGUCAGCACUGGAGAGCACACCGCUUGUCCUCCCUUAAAGUUGGGAAAAGAUGCUGGAUCUGUGGGAGGACUGAGUUCGACUCAACCGAAAUAUAAUUCUGAUCAUCAACCCAUUAAUGACAAACCUGAUGGACAAGUCAUUAAUAUUAUUCAGGACAAAGCUUUUGAAAGCAGUGGUCCUGCAGUAACAGCUGCCGAUGCUCUUCCUAACCAAUACUCAGUGGAGACACUGAUUAUGGCCGUUGUGGCAGGGUCUGUGUCCGCUUUAGUUGUAGGAUUUUUCGCUGGUUAUUUAUGCGGUCGCAAAUGCCACAAAGACGAAGAUGAUAAUUUACCAUAUCCCGAUACUGAAUAUGAAUAUUUUGAACAGAGACAAAAUAUGAAUAGCAGAAUAGCAGCCGAACCAAAAUUACUUCCACAAGAAGAGGUGACGUACGCCGAGCCCGUCCUCGUGCCACAGCCCCCUCCCAAACUCCAUUCCCCUAAAAACACUCUCCGCAAGGGGCCACACCAAAACAACGCGGAGACCCUCUUCCAAUUCCAGACUGAUGGUGGCUACAACGGCCGAGACAACUACAGAGGCCGCGACAACUUCGGAACGUUGAGAUCGCACCAGUUGUUACAGGGCGACAACUAUCGGCGAGGCGACGGAUUCGCAACGACACGCAGCGUCAAGAAAGUAUACCUCUGAGAAAACAGCGAGGAGGGGCGAAGUCUGGGCCGCGUCCCCCGGCCCUCCCAGCAGCAGCAGAGAUCCGGUCACAGCGCCCUGCCCACCAGCAGCGGAUCCUCUAGCUCCCCGUCGCCGCCUUCCUCGUCGCCGUCGCCAACGCCUCCAAAUACUGCCUCCUAUAUUUAUAGAGCGUAGCUGUUCUCCUACAGGGCGUAACUAUUCAAGGGAACCUUAUGUCUAGCAGCGAGACCAUGCACGUUGGCUUUGUAAAGCUUUACGGGCGGUCGUUUUGACUGUGUAAGCAUGCGUGGUCUGCCAGAGGGGUGAGAACAACUAACUGUACUAUAAAAUUGGUUUAGUCUUUGGGAUAUUUUGUGGGUUGUAUGUUUCGAAGAAAGUUCGACUGUAUUUUGAACUAAAUACCUACUGAGGCGAGCAGCGUUCCCCUAAAAAGGUGCAUAAGAAAAGCAAAUAACCCUCCAAUAAAAGACUACUCAUCCAAACCAAGCGUAAUCAAUUCUUUACAUCAUUGAAUCUUAUAAAAUCCUAAGGCGACAAGUCACGCUGUCUGUCCGGUACGGUUUCGAUAUGUAAACAUUGAAUGACGUUUAAUAAACGUCAAUUUAUUUUGUUAUAAUUUUUUUAUAACAGCUCAAGAAUGACUGAAUAGAAUUAGCUAAUUUAGAUUUUAAAACAUUUGUAGAAGUCCAAGAAAGGUUUAAAAGGUGAGAAAAUGUGAUGAAAUUGUAAAAAAAAUACUAAAAACAACACACAGUUGUCAUAUACACACAGUUGUAUUAUACUUCUUUAGAUUUAUGUCACUAAAACUGCGGCUAACUUCGGGUCUAUUGACUUUUUUACGCUACCCGUGAAAUCGAUGCUUUUGGCGCUUUGUUUGAUCUAAAUAUGGUAUUGAAUUGUUUCAUUAAAUUUAUAAUUGAAGACCUAAGUGGAACAAGGGGGGUUACAAAGCCUACCUUUUGAGAUAUGGGCAGUAAUGUUUUUAUUCGUGUACUUUUAUCAGGAAAAUAUUGUUUGUGUUAUUUGGUUUUAUUUAUAUUGCUAUAAGCAUUUCUUUACAUAUAAUGCUGAUAAUAUGUAUUUAUUUUUAGUAUUUUUUCUAAAAAUAAAUAAAAACUGUACAAAUGCCUUCUUCCAUUAAUUUUAGUUUUUAUAACUAUCCUUUAUCUGAAUGGAUGAAGGGGAUAUGUGGCAUGAAAUAUUACUCUUUAAUCAGUUUUACAGAAAUGUAUGUAAUUCAACACAACAUAAUCUUCUUCUUCAUGUACCGUGCUCGAUUAUUGAACGUUGGCUAUCAAAUUGGCUAUAGUAAAUUUUUUGAUGGCAGUUCGGUAAAGGGAUGCAGAGGAUCUGUUAAACCAUUCUCACAGGUGUCUAAGCCUAAGCCAUGACGGUCUUCUUCGACCUGGCCUUUUUUCUUCGACCUGGCAUUUCUUCUUCGACCUGUCCUUUCUUCUUCGACCUGGCUUUUCUUAUUCCGUCUGCCUUGCCUUGUAUUAUUACAUGGAGUAUAUUAUAUAGAGUGAGUUUUAUGUAUGGAAAGCCUCAAUUAUCUCGGCACGAUUUUUGAUAGAUUUUGGUGACAAAGGGUUUUCUAAUGCGGCCGAUAUAAUAGUGGCAAUUACAUUGUUGUCAGAAGUUCCGUUUUUCUAGAAAUCUAAUGAAUUUUCUUAUUUCAAUUGGAACACCCUGUAUAUUUUUGCGUUUUGAAGUCCUUAAGAAAUGCUGAUUAUUUUUCGUGUUAUAUUUCCUAUACCUAAAUGCCAUAAUUUCGGAGUUAUUUAGAUACAUUUAUUUUAAAAAAAAUUUAAACAAAUUAACAAAAUCAAUUUUUUCAAGCGGGUACAUUAUUUGUAGGUUCUUUUGAUAAUUAGAAACAAAAAAGGUCUUUUGUAAUUUUUCUCCAACGUUAAUACUUUUCGAGUUAUAAACAAUUUAAACCUGAAAAAGACGAAAAAUGUUUCAUACCUCCUUCCAUUCAAGAAUCGUAGUUUACAUGUUACAUACCAUCUUCAUCCACUAGAAUAUCUCUUACUAAGCUUUUUAGAGAUACAGUAUAAGUGUCGUAUGAUAGUGAAGAUACAUACCACCUUAAUUCAAGAUCUACGUUUCAUACUCCCAUCAGCAGAACUAACUUCACUGCAAAUUCUUUCAUCUCGAGGGUUUCUAGACAGGCAAAUGCUUGCUCCAAUUGUGUGGAUUUCUUUGCGGAUAGUUCGCGAUUUUUAAAAACGCUAAAGGAUUGCACCCUCUAGUUUUAUGUUCUUGAAUAUUUUAAACUUGUGAUUAUAUAUCUUUACCUGUUAUUUUUACUUUUUGACUUGCUUUAUUGUCGUAGUGUUUAUUGUAUCUUAUUGUAUUUUACGUAUAUUUGUAAUAUUUUGUUAGUUCUUCAUAUCUUCUGUAAUGUUUUAUUGUAAUGAGCUUUGCUCGUAAAUAUAUAUAAAUAAAUAAAUAAAUAAAUAAAUAAAUUCACUAAGAAACUCAAAAUUUUAGAAAAUGUUAUAUACCUCCUGUUUCCACUUAAGUCUUCAAUUAUUAAAAUGUAAUACACAAACUUGAAUUUUCAACUUUAUCGCAGAGAAAAUGCUUAAUAAUAGUUUUUAUUAUUGUAAUUAAACAAUGUUUUAAAAUUAUUUUUAAUUAUAAACAUAUUUUCUGUAUAUUAAUUUUCGAUAUUGUCAAAAAUAUUCUUGAGCAAGGAGCACAUUUUUUACACACUUCCUAUUCAACUAAUAAAAUUUGAUAUCUGAUAGGAUAUUGUAAAGAUCUUCUUCCUUAGACUUCUACAAAUAUUUCAAAAUCAAAAGUAACCAAAUCAAUCCAGUCCUUUUCGAGUUAUAAAAUAAACAAAACAUAAAAAAAAAUAGUCAGAAAAACCGGAGGGUAUCAGAUAAAAUUGGAGGGUACGAUCAAAAUUGAAAGGAGAUACGAUAAAAUAGGAUGUUGUCACAAAAAAUUUAGUGCAGUAACUAUAGGAGGCAAUAGGGAACUUGCAUAAAAUUUUAAAUUCGAAAAAAAUGUUAUAAAUCACAACAGAACAUAAUUUAAAACAUGUAUCAAAGAUAAAAAAGUUUUGUUUGGCUUUCGUUUGGCCCCUAAAGACGAUUAAAAAUUCAAAUUAUUCCAGCCAGGCCAAAACGCGUCGUGACGUCAUCCGUUUAUAUGUUUACAUUCUUCCAACAAAGUAAACAGAAUUUUAAAUUAGACGUUAUAAACGUCAGUAGAAAAUACAGUUAUGUGACGUUACAAAUGUUUUUGAUCGUUUGAACUAUUCAUAGAAAACUUCUACUUUUACAAAAUGGUUUUAUUUUACGUAGUAAACCUACUUUCCUUUCCUUCAAUAACUAUAUCAAACUCCAAUGUCAACAACCUGGUAUAUAUUAUUACAAUGACAUACGAUAAAUGUUAAUAGAAUAUAAAUAUUUUUCCUUUAUUCCGCGACGAGGUAUACCCAAGUAGGUGGAGGCCAAUAAACUAAAGAAGAAGAAAAAGAAUAUACCUAAUUAUAACCAUAAACGGAACCAUAUAGUUAAACUGUGUGACGUCACGGGUAGUUUGAACUAUUUUAAAAUACAGAAGACUUUAAAUUUGUACUUCUGUUAUUAUGAGUUUUUGAAGAGUAAAAUUUUGGAAAUCUCAUUUUUAUACAAAACUGAACAUUAUUAUGUAAUAAAAAAAAUGUGCAAGUUCCCUAUUGAUUGUAUUCCCCGUCGCAUGGCGACAGGUAAACUCAUUAAUUAAUAAUAUUUGACAUUCGAUCUGACGUUCACUUGUGUCUGCCGAACCGAAUAAUAUAUAAGAAGGAUUGUGACGUCACAAUUUAAUUUUCAACUUUGAGGUCAGUUAUCUCGAAGAUCGUUCGAGAUAUCGAAAUGCCGUUUACAGAUUUGGAUUCAGGAGACAAAACUACAUAUUAUGUAUACAUCGGUAGGUCAGCUUCAAGUGUUGCAGGGCCGGCGACGAACGAACGAACAGACUUUGCGAAUUUAUAAACGAAAACAAAAUUUUGGUUGAAAAGUGUUUGCAAUACCUAUUUUCAACUUUUUUUUAUUUUGCAAUAAAUUGUUAAGCAAAAUCAUCUGCCAUUUGUACAAAAAUAAAUUAUUUAGGUUUUUUUUUUCAAAUCCAUUAUACUUGUUUGGGAUUAGUAGAUUUUGAUUGAGCGGCUAUUUGGAUUAUUUAUGCAUCUUUUUGUGGGAGCGCUGCUCGUCUACCUAAGAUUCGUAGGGAAAUUAAACAUAAAAAAAAAUUGAAAGUAUUUUCGAAACUACCAGCAAUUGCUCGCAAGGAUUAUAACAAAUUGUCAUAUUCAUUUUUUUAAUGUUACCAUGAGAAAUUAUUAUUGAUUAAUGCCAAAAUGUGAAGAUAUUACUUAAAAUUGUGCAAAGCUCAUAUUAAAGUAUUUUCAUAAUAACUAAAAACAAAACGUAGAAAUAAUGUUUUUUACUUUUAAAAAGUUUCCUAAAAAUGUCACAGAACGAAUAAGUUUUAUAUUUUCUUGUAAAAUUCUUAAAAAAAUUCACUAUAUACCGAGUGUUCAAAAUGAAUCUUCUAUACUUAUCUAUUAUGUUUGUUUGUUUAUUGAUUCACUGGCCUGAGUUAUUUUUGAUGUCAGUACUUUUAUAGGUGAUCGUUUAUAUUUCAUGCAUACUGAAUUCAAAAAUGCAACACAUUUUUCAGAAUCAGAUCAGGUUUAUUUACUAAAUCAAAUUAUCGAAAUAAAUGACAGAGCACCAGAAUUAUUAUUAAGGUUAUUGUUUUAAAUUAGAUCUACAUUUUAAAAUAAUAUACGCAAAUUUAGCUAUUCAUUGUAACAGCUAUUCGUUAAUAAAUGAUCGUUUCAAAUACUUUCUGGCAUCUUUUUCACCUCUAACGUCCCUCUUAAGAUACCAGCAAUAGUCACAUCCCAUCGGACCCAGUAUCUCUCUUCCAUUACUCGAAUGUCCUAAUAGAAGCUAGAAGUAGUCCAAAUGUGAGCUGAGAAAGUGCAUCCUUAUAGAUAUACGUCCGCCAAGAGCAUUGAAGUUCUGAAGGAGUAGUUCUUCUACAGUCGACUCAUGGUUCUGGCUACUAUAGUUUUAUAGCAGCCAGAAUUUAGAGCCUUGCAUGAGCUCCCUAAUCUGAGGACUAUCAAGAAUGUCUUCACUAAUACGUAGUAUUUUUUCUCUCAGAAAUACGGAAGCCCUAUACGGAACCAGGUUCAAGAUUAGGUCUUACUGUCCAGGCGCGUUUCACGUAAUAGUAGUCUGCUCUACUGCCCCAGAGACACAGGAAUCAAGGAUACUUGGUGUAGCCAUCCUGUAGACCCAAUAUUAUGAACAGUACUUGAAAUAUUAAUAAAAAUUUUAAGUAGAAUUUUUAGCAACACAUGGGAAGAACACAACUAAAACAGAGAUAAAGUACACCAUAAUGAAUUGAAUAGUGAUGUCAAACGGCUAUACGCUAUGAGCUCGUAGGUAGAGGGGAUAAUUAAAAAUUCGCGAGCGUCAGUAGUGACAAGUCUGUAAGCUUUUACUGGAAAUUUGACAUAAAUGUCGAAGUGAUUAAUUUAAAACAUUGAAAUUAAAAACAUUAAUAGCAAAUAAUAUUAGUUGGUCAAAGCUGUGGUGUAUAUUUUACCUUAAAUAUACUUACGUUUUAAAUACUGAAUUUAAGUUUUUUUAAUAUUUCGUAAUAUGUGAUUAUAAAUUUAUGUAAGCGCCAUCUACACGAUAAUUGUGAAAGUAUCCGAAGUAAGAAAUUAAUAUUUCAUUAAUAGAACGUUAAAAUGAUUAGCAAAAUCUUUAAAAUAUCGAUUUCUUUUUUGCGUUGUAAAUAUUAAGCGAUAACAAUUAGAUAAUAAAUUUAAAAAUUACCGGUGAAAGUUGCAUUAGUAAUCCGCUAGGAGCGACACCAGCGAAGCUCAGAGCGUAUACCUUCAAAUCUCCACAAAUCCUCCAAUUGUGGUGAUCAUUUUUCAAGCAAGUUAGUAAAUGUUCCAUGUUAAUAUAAUUUUCUGUCAUUUGCUCAGAAUGCCCUACUGGAACAGAACCGAUCUUGUUGCCGUUGUAUAAAAGAACAGCUUUCAAACUCCUGUUUGAGGAGUCAAUGAAGAGUCACCAUUCUGCAGGGUUAUACGUGACACUAAAGCUUCAACAAGUGAAUUCAUACUUCUAUACAAGUAAAAGGUUGUUUCCGGAGCUAGUAAAUUAUUUUCAUGAAGAAGUGACCCAGGCAACUGUGAAGAUUCUUUGGACAAGCACAUAUCUCUUGUCAGAUAAUAUGAUUGACCUGAAUAUAAGGGUUUUGCUUCACUUGAUUUUGAAGUGGAUACAUAUAUCUCAUUUCCAUCACUGUCUGGUCCUACCGAUUCAGAUGAAAACUCAUUGAAGUUGUUGUCUGGGGGUGUUGGAAUUGGAAUGCCUGGUCCAUGGUACAAAGGCUUUAUACUGGGUAUUAUACAUGGUUCUUGUUUUUUCGAUUGUUUCAGUUACAUCAGUUAAAUAAAUGGACACAACGCAGCUUAAUAUAUUUAUUUAUAUACAGAAUAUAUUAUAGUACGUAAUUAUAUUUCGGUUGUAGCUAUGUUGGUUGAGGACGCUAUGGACAGAAUACCUUGGCGAAUGGAUUUAGUGUCCGCAGUCAUAUAAACCCAAAUAAACAAAAAAUAAACAGAAUACCCAGAACGCAUAUAAUGAACAAAUAUAAUGGUAUUUUUAAAUGUAACUUACCAUUUAAGUUUGUCAUACAGAACGUAGUAUGGUCUUGUUCUUUCGUCCAAAUAAAAGGUACUCUCUCUCUCUUGUCGUUUCCCCAUUACUGAGGAUCGUGAUUUCUUCCAAUAUUCCUAACGAUGUUUCUCCAUUGGUCUCUAUCUUCAGCUGCUCUAAGAGCUUCGCAGAAUGAGUUUCCAGCUGAAUUCUUUAUUUGAUCGAACCAUCUAGUUGGUGAUAGUCCUCUUGAUCUUCUCCCCGGAACGUUUCCAGAAACGAUUAAUCUCUCCAAACUGUCGUCACCUCUGCGAACCACGUGACCAAAGAAUUGCAGAAUUCGUUGCAGACAUAUUGUGGACAGCCUUUUUUUAAUAUUGAGUUGGUUUAGAAUGGAAACGUUUGUCCUAUGAGCUGUCCAUGGUACGCGCAGCAUUCUUCUCCAGCACCACAUCUCAAAGGCAUCAAUUUUUUGGCGCUCGCAUGCGCGAAGAGUCCACGUCUCUGCUCCGUAUAGAAAUAUUGAGAAUGUAUAGAAUGAGAAAUAUUGAGAAAAAGGUACAUCAAAGUCUAAAUAUGUUUGCUUUCUGGUACUUCAGCGACCCCGGAUUUCAAUACAUGUUUUGCAAUAUAUGUGAGGUGUAAAGUUCUUAUGCUUUGAGUUUUGAAAGCUUUGAGAUGUAGGUAUUUCGUCGUAUGCAGAAAAUUCCAUGGACUGACCACGUUAGAAGAAGUUUUAAGGCGUAUGAAUAGAGAACGUGAACUCACAGAAAUUGUCAAGAAACGUAAAACAUCUUAUCUUGGACACAUAUUUAGACACACAGGUAUAACUUCCUUCAGCUUAUUAUAGAAGGGAAAAUAGAAGAAGGACGCGGCCCGGGUAGACGACAAAUGUCCUGCUGCGCAACAUCAAAGAAUGGACAGGAUUAGACUUUCAAAGUUUAAUAAGAAAAGCCCAAAAUAGAAAAGGCUUUGCAGAAGUCAUUGCCAACCUUGGCUAAGAAGACGGCACCCAAAGAAGAAGAAAAUUUUUGUCUUGCUCACCAAUAUUAACACCAAAAGUAUGCAAGAUGCAUUUUACGUACAAACGGUAAUAUUUUUGACAUCCGAUCUGAUAUUGUAACUUUAUCACAAAUGUAGCAAAACCGAUCGGGAUGAUUCUUGUACUUUUAAUUCAUUUUAUAAGAGACACUCAGGUACUGAGUCCAAACAACCUGUAACUCAGUGUGCACUCACCUCCCACCAGCACUCUCUUGCACAAUUGCCGUAUUUUUUCUCAUGCACUAUUGCCACCAAUGACCUGUUAAUAGUGGUAGAACAGUUCAUUUUAUAGGAAUGGAAUUUACAUGAAAUCAUAAAAUCAAAAGUUUUUUAUUGGCUAGAUUAAAUAUUUCUGUAUCGUACUUUUUAUAUACUAUACAUUUCACUUUGUAACAAAAUUAGCAUAUUGGAAAUAAUAGAUAUGCUCCUUAUUUCAAGAAUAUACUCUCUUUUUAAUUUGAGAUAUCAAAAAAUCAGACCUGAAUGAGCAAAAUGAGUGCAUGUGAUACAUAAAAAGCAUGUGAUACAUGCUAAAUACAUAAUAUAAAGUCGUUUAUAAAACUCUUGACCUCACAAAAAAAGUUUUGAAACGCAGGCCAGUGUUAUCAAGUUAAGUUGUUUUUUUAAAUAUAUAUUUCCUUAUGAAUCAGUAAGAUACAAAACAAAACUACCAAAUAUGAUAAGAAACAAAAAAUGAUUAGAUUACGUAAAUAAGAAGAGAAACCUAGGGAUGCGCCAUAGUUAUAGGAGUAGUUGGGGCAGUGUGCAUUUUUAGAUACAAGUUGAUAGACUUGGUUAAUUAUACAAGGUGAUUCAGAAAAACGGUACGAUUUGACAACGCUGCUGACGAUAAAAUAGUGAUGCCGCGGGCUUGUGACGUAAACGUUGUGAAUCUAGAGAGUGGGAAGUUUAGUUAUCAUGGAGACGUGGUCGGGUGAACAACGUGCAUUUGCUGUGAAAGUUUAUUACAAAAAUGGUGAAAGUUUUGUGUGUAUAAAACGAGCGUUUCGUUUAUACUACCAUUUGCCGCCCCAAAUUGCAGUUCCGUCUAACAUGGCUAUUAAGACUUGUGUUAGGAACUUUGAAAGUAGUGGUUUAACAUCACAGAAAAGAGGUGGCAGUGUCAGAACUGCUCACACAAUACUGAAUAUUGAAGCGGUGUGAAUUUCAUUACACGCGAGUCAUCGCAGGGAUCUUCGAGGACUUACGUGUAAUGAAUUUAGCACAUCUUCAAUAUUCUGUGGUGUGCGAGCAUUUCUGACACUGCCACCUCUUUUCUGUGAUGUUAAACCACUACUUUCAAAGUUCCUAACCCAAGUCUUAAUAGCCAUCUUAAACGGAGCUGCAAUUUGGGUCCGCAAAUGGUAGUAUAACCGAAAUGCUCGUUGUACACACACAAAACUUUCACCAUUGUUGUAAUAAACUUUCACAGCAAAUGCUCGUUGUUCACCCGAGCACGUCUCCAUGAUAACUAAACUUCCCACUCUCUAGAUUCACAACGUUUACGUCGCAAGCCCGCGGCACCUAAAUUUUAUCGUCAGCAGCGUUGCCAAAUCGUACCGUUUCACUGAGUCACCCUGUAAAUAUAUAUAUACAUAUUCUGAUGAUUAAUAAGUGCUUCUUAUGAAUGUGUUAGGUAAGUAUGUCCGUAAAAAUAGGAUUGUUAUAAUUUAGCAAAAUGACAUUGUGAUUAGAUUGUAUGAUAUUCUUUAGCUAUAAAGUUGUUCCACCUUAUAUUAGUCUAGUGAAUUAUGUAAGUGAUCAAAAUGUUUUUUUUUUUCAACGACGGUGGAGCAGUAUAACUAAAACCUUAAAAACGUUAACAAUUCUUAUUUUUUGUGCUGAGUACGUAAGUAAAAAUCAUCCAUCACUACUUUGCGUUUUACUUUGGUGUAUCAUUUGAAACAAGCAAGUCGAUGUCUACUGGUAUAACAAGAAUAUUAAACGGUUUAAAACACUCAGUAACAUCAAAUAUUUGUUGCAAUAAUUAUCUCACUUUUGGAUAUACGCCUUUUUUGGAGAUACGAGAACUUCCUAGGAAGGAAGCAGUAUGCGACUCAGAUCACUUUCUAUUACAAAUAAAAUUUAGAUGCCGUAUAAACACAGAAAUAAGUGACGAAGGCGAGUAAGGAGCAAGGACCCCUGAAAAGGAAAGAGCUGAGGAAGAAAUAAACAGACAGUAGAAGAACAAACACGCAAUGACCGAAAAAUUAAACCUGGACAAUCUGAAAGAUCCAGAAAUAGAAAAGUGAUUGUGAUAAGAAUUGAAUAGGGCUCUUAGAAUAAAUGGAGGAAACAAUGCAAGAAGAAUGGAAUAAGAUUAAGAGGAUUACAUGGGAAAUGGCUAAAAGAGUGAUACUAAUUAAAAAACAUCAAAGGAAAGAGCUUUGAUUUGAUGAAGACUGUAAACAAGCAAUAGACAAGAGAAAUGGACUAUACGUGCAAUAUACUCAAAGAAGACGACAAAGGCGUGAAACUUUUGAAGAAGAACGAAGAAUGGCAGAAAAAAUAUGUAGAAGAAAGAAAGGGAGAUAUGAAAACGACCAAAUACUAAAAAUGUAGAAAGAUUUCAAUCAUGAUGACACUAAAGGAACAUAUAAAUUCCUGAAACAGCUCAGAGAGUGAUAUAUCUGCACUAAUAUUUUUAGAAAUAAUGAAGGCCAAAUUAUCAGAGACGAUAUAACAAUAAAAUCAGGUUGGAAAAACUAAGAGCAAAUACAAACAAACCAGUCCAUGCAGAAGCAAAUUUUAAAAUAACAGAAGAUCAAAACCAGAGUGCUGAAUAAAUGUACUAACCCAUAAAACAAGCAAUAGUGGAUCCCAUUAUUGCUUGUCUUGAAGAAGAAGCACUGAAUAAUAAUAAAGCCCUAGGUAUUGACAACAUACCAGCUGAAAUUUUCAGAAUUAGAGGACACACACUGAUAGAUAUAAAUGUCAGUAGAUUGGAAAAAUCAAUUAUAUGCCCAAUUCACAAGAAGGGAGACAGACUGAACUAUAGAGGCAUAUUCUUACUCUGUCUGCGCUACAAAGGUGUUUACGUGGACCAUAAACAGGAGAUUCUGCAAAUCGGAGGUGGUUAACGUAGAUGCCAUAUGUUGACCAAAUUGUAGAUUUGAAGACGUCUUCUAGGGCUUUAAACAGCAACUUUAGCGAUAUUACGUCGCCUUGUCGAACUUCUAUCUUAAUGGGAAUGGGAUUCAUGAUUGGUAAAGUAAAAUUCAACUGAAUCACAAAUUAUUUGAAACAUCCCUAAUAAAAUAUUCGUAUUUAUACCCAAUAGACAUAGAUUUAUAGGUUCUUAUGAUUGAAAUCGAUAAAUAAAUCGAUUUUUACAUUCACGAUCAAAAUUUUCUUUUAAUAAUGUUUUCACGUAUUAUCAAGUAGUGAUAAAUGUUUUACUUAUAUAUAAACGCAAACUGAGAAAUAUAUUUAGAAAAACUCUUCUAAAAAGAGUAGUCAAAAAAUCAACAUCUGUUAUACUCGAAAACUCCACUAAUCGCCGAUUUUUGGUUUUUUAUAAAUAAUAAUAAAAAGCUCUAAAUGUAAUUUUGGAAUUAGAUUUACUAGACUAUAUAUAUAUAACUUUGUUAUGAAAUAUAUCCCCUCAUAUUGUAUCACAGCCUCACUUUGUAACACUCGUGACAUUAUUUUUUUAUCUUCAUAAAAACCAAAGUAAGAAAUAGUCGUUGCAGAGUGAGGGGAUUUUUGAAAUUAUGUUAGAUUCGUCUUUUGGUUAGUGCAUCUAGUAAUGUAAAUAAGACUGAAAAUUGUAAUACCUUGUAUCUUUUAGGUUUACCAAUCUAUGCUGAUUCCAUCUUUUUCUUGAAUUGCUUUUAGUAUGUACAUUAUGGCUGAUGACAAAUUAGAUACAGACUGUUUGGUUUUCAAUUAGAUAUACGCGCUAUUAAUGGCACCACUGCUUCUCCGCUGCGCAACUAAUGUCGCGCCGAUUCAUUCUGUCAUUCUUCAUUUUACAGUGACAGUGCAACUCGUUAUCAUAAGCAGUGUUGCCGAUUUUAGCGCUUCCUUCAUUGGGGUGUAUCUAAUCAAACAGUAAACAGUCUGUAUGUUCUUAUUGCUGACAAAUUUGUAUUUUGUUAUUGUUCAGUUGCUUUAUUGUGUUAAGUAUAGCGAAGCUUCUAAAAGUAUUCUAUAGGUUAAUUAAGUUUUAAACAUUUCGAAAAUAAAAUGAAUUUUUUUAAUAGACAUAAAACGAAGAUAGAACGAACUAGUCAAACUUAUUACAUUCUGAGAUUGUCCAUUUUAGAUAUGUACUUACAUGGUUUUAGGAAAAUUUGAUAACAGUAUCCUAGACUGGACGUAUUUUGUAUCUUUUAUAUUUUUUAUACCACUUAAAUGAAGAGGCUUCUCUGCUGUCGAGACUUAAGGCUUGGGUUAAAAAUACGACUGUUGAGGUGCUAUGUACUAUUCGUAUUAUACUACGGGAUGGAAGCAUGGACACUGAAGAUAAUUGACGAGAGGAGACGGGGGGGCAUUCGAGAUGUGGAUGUAUCAAAGAUUGCUGAAGAUCUCAUGGGUAAAUACACUAGCCGACGCGACGUAGAAAUAAUGACACGUAUACACAAGGAAAGAGAAGUACUUCUAACAAUUAAGAGAAGAAAACUGAGAUAUAUGGGACAUAUGAUGAGAGGAGAUAAAUAUUUAAUACUUUAUGUCAUUAUGCAAGGAAAAUCCAGGGAAAAGAUCCAUAGGAAGCAGACGUAACUCAUGGCUGAGGAACCUAGGGCAAUGGUUUGGUCGUAAUAAUAACGAAUUAUUUCGAGACGCGUUCUCAAAAGUAAAGCAUCACUCUGAUGAUUGUCAACCUUCGAAGUAGAGAGAAGAAGAUACCACUUAAAAUUGCAAUGUUGUAUAGUUUAAGUAUACAGUUUUACAAUACAAAUAUACGCUCCUACAACAGCUACAUAAAAUAAGACAUUGACAGGUUCUAUAUAGUCCAGCAAACAAAAAAUGAUUAGAAUGAAUGGAACUAUUUUUAAUAGAUAGACGCAAAUUCUCACAUUCGCUGACGAUAUAGUUAUAAUGGGCAGAAGUAUGAGAGAGUACGGACGAAUACGGAUGAGUACGGACGAAUAAUAAAGAAACGGAUAGAAAAUGAGUGGCAAGAUUCCGAAGAACAAAGUGGAUUUAGGGCAGGUAGAUCAUGCACAGAUAACAUUUUCUGCAUAAGGCAACUACUAGAAAAACGUUCUGCUAGAAAUCUAGAAACUCGCAUGGUAUUUGUAGACUUAAAAAAAGCAUACGAUACCGUUCCCAGAGAAAAAAUGUUUGAGGUAUUACAACAAACCACUUUAAAUAGAAAAUACAUCCAAACAAUAAAAGAUCUCUAUGCUAAUGCAACAACAGCAAUAAAAAUUGGAACGAAACUUUCAAAUACCUUUGAAACUUCGAAAGGCCUUUUGCAGAGAUGCUGUCUGUGGCCCACUUUAUUUAAAAUUUACCUUACACAUGUGUUAAAAUAUUAGACUAGGAAAUGCCAAACAAUGGGGAUACCAGUAGGAGAUUCUUAUUUGUAUACGUUGCUAUUUGCUGACGACCAAGUUGUGAUUGCUGCUGAUAAAGAUGACGCCAAUUGACAUGAUCAGAAAAUUGAACGAGGAGUACAGAAAAUGGGGUUUGGAAAUGAGCAUGGAGAAAACCGAAUACCUUGUAGUCGGAUGUGAUACUGGAGACUUAGAAUUAGAAGGGGAAUACAUAAAAGGAUGUGAUGAGUUUAAAUAUCUAGGUUCUAUUUUUGACAAAAACUCCAUAUGCGAUCAAGAUAUAGAAUAUCGAAUAAGUCAAGGAAGAAAAGCUAUAAAACAGCUGAAUGGCAUUUGGUGGAGUACAGGACUGCAAAAUCAGACAAAGAAAAAAAUCUACCAAACUAUCGUGGAAGGAAUUGUCCUGUACAACUCGGAAGUAUGGGAAGUAAAAGACCGACAAAAUAAAAGACUUCAAGCUUUAGAAAUGGACGCGCUUAGAAGAAGUUGCAGAAUUUAUAAACUACAGCAUAUCCCAAACGAAGAAAUAAAAGAAAGAAGGGAAGUAGAAAAUGAUAUUAUAGACAGAAUAGAACAAAAAAGAUUAAUAUGGUACGGACAUGUCCAGAGAAUGGGACCAACAAGAUGGCCCAAGAAAAUGAUCCAGUAUGCACCACCCGAGAGACGAAAAAGAGGCAGACCGAAGAGAACAUGGAUACAAGAUGUAGAGAAAGCAAUGAACAGUAAACAACUCAACGAGGAAGAUAUUCGUGACCGAAAAGCAUGGUGAAUAGGAUGCGGGAAACGGCGGAUGCUGUGGAAGACCCGAUAUAUAUAUAAGUAUGAGAGACAUGCUGCAGUGUUUUACAAGGCUUGCGGACGCGGCAAGUAAAUUAGUACUUAUAGUAAACGGGGAAAAUAUAUGGUGGUUUCAAAAACUGCCGAAAUAUACAACAGAGAAUUCAAAUCAACAACCAUAUCUUUGAGCAAGUCAAAGAAUUCACAUAUCUUGGUGACAAAGAGUUAUACAAUAUCAUCCAUUCUAUCACUGUUUAGAAUUCAGAAAACUGGUCAUCUGAUUGGUUUACGUCAAUUUAUAUUACACUACACAAAGAGGAUGCCACUACCAGAUGUAAAAACUUCCGUACAUUGUCACUACUAACACAUGCCAGUAAAAUCUUGUGGCAUAUCAUUAAAAACAGAUUAAAAACUUAAGGGUUUAUAAAGGCAAACAAUUUCUUAGUAUAUAAACAGUUCUCAAUAAGAUUAAGAACACUAAAGUGUUAUGUCUAGUCUCUAUUACUAUAUGGAUGUGAGACUUGGACUUUAAAUAGUAUGACGUCAACAAAUUGAAUUCAUUCAAAAUAUGGAUGUACCGCCGAAUGCUAAGAAUAAGCUGGACCAGCAGAACUACUAAUGAAGAAGAACUGGUUAUAAUGAACAAACGUCCUCACCUGGUCAAUACUAUCAAAAUUAGAAAUACGUCAUAUCUAGGACACAUAAUGCGCCAUAGGGAAUUUGAGCAGCUCCAGGUAAUAUUAAAGGGCAAGAUCGAAGUUAAAAGGGGUAUAGAAAGAAAGAAAAAAUCCUAGCUCCGAAACAUCAGAGGUUGGACCCACACAACAGAAAAUGACUUAAGUCAUCAAGCCCAGAACUGAGAGGAAUUUGCCAUAUCGAUCGCCAACCUCAAAAGAGAAGGCACUUAGGAGGAGGAAAGGCAAAAGGUACACGUGAGCAAAUUCUCAACCUGAGACAACUCAUUGAAAAGUCGAGAAAAUUUCAAGUACCUCUGAUAAUAUGCUUUGUUGACUACCAGGAAGCAUUCGAUUAUGUAAGUUUGAUAAAUCUUUGGUCUAUUUUAAUAGAUAUGAGUGCACCGAUACACUUGGUGACACUUAGUACAAAUCUGUACCAGUCCAAUAUGGCAACUGUACAACAAGAUCAUAGGGUUUCAAGCCAAUUCAGAGGAAAGUGGGGGAUUAGCCAAGGAUGCGCUUUAUCACCAGAUUUACUUAUUAUGGUGAACAUGUCAUGAGGAUCGCCCUAUAAGGAUGGAUAGGUGAAGAUAGCAAUAUGAUUUUUUUAAUAUGGGACGAAAAUCACAAGUUGGAGUAAAGAUACUGACUACAUUUGUCGAUCUAUUCAUACUGGUAAAGAAGAAUACAACCUUUAUAACAUUGUAAGAAUUUUUUUUUUUUAAUUAUUGAUAUAAUAGAUAUUUUACUAUCCUGAUUUGUUAUAGCGUUCUGCGCCAUCCGGUUCCCAGUUUUCAGCUUCGUCAGUUGUUCCAUUCGACAGGGUGAAGGUUCCUUUCCGACAUUGCCUUCUGAAUGCCGCCUAGCCACGAUUAUUUCGACCUUCCUCUCUUCCUUCUUUCCCUUGGCGUCCAUUUUAAAAUUUGUUUUAGCAGCCUGGCGUCGUCCAUUCUUUCUAUAUGACCAUUCCAGAUCAGUUGUCCCCUUUGAAUUCUACCUAUGAUGGUUGAUAUAGUAGCUAUAAAGAGUUAAAUUGUUAAAUAACUGAUAAAAAUUAUUUCAGUUCAUGAAAUGUAUGUACUAAAUAUUGUACGAUACUAUGUUCAUUCUUAAGAUAAGCUUAGACGGCAGUUUCAGACACGUCAUCGGUGGGAGUGUCGUGUCGGGUCGAGUGACACGGUACACCCACUGAUCAUGCGUCUGAAACUAGCGUCCUAGCUUAUCUUGGGAAUGACCGUAGUAUAGAUGAGUCUAUGUACGGAGGUAUGUGUUUAUUUUUGUAAUUGCUUGUUCGUUUGGCAAAAUAUGUUUGUUUUCUCAGCAGUGUGACCCAGUUUGUCAUCAGACGUAAUGUUUUAGAGGCUUAUUAUGAUUUGUUAGACAUCAUUUAUGAUUUUUCACGUGUAUAACAAAUCAGCAAUAUGUCAAUUAUUUGGUGCUCUGCACCUGAUAAAUACUACCCACACUUUUAUAAUAACUUAGGUUUUGUUGAAAAUACUGAAGACAUAGUGCCUGCUUAACACGCCAAGUCAACUUUAAAAGAAGAGGGGGCAUUAUGUCUCUUUUAGUCUAAGAUCCGAUAUAAGAACGACCUUCGCCCAUUUGUUUAAUGGAUAAAAAUUAUUUCAUAUGUAAUAUAGUACCUAUGUUAAAAAUAAUAAAAAAACAAGGAGUGUCCGAAAUAAUUUUGUCCAGAUUAUAAGUAAUUAAUAAUUUAAAAAUUACUUUUUUUAUAAAUUCCAGUAAAGUUUUUUCGGCCCGGCAGAUAUUAUUUUAGAUUUUUGGAUCAUUCGAAACAAAAAAGUUCUUUGUAAUUUUUCUCUUAAGUUGAUGGUUUUUGAGUUAUAAACAAUUUAAAACUAAAAGAAACUAAAAAAAAUUUCAAGGCUCAAAAACAUAAGGAAAAAAUAUCAUUUUUGAAAUUACUAAGUACCAAAUUUAAAUUUCAAACUUUAUUCUAUCAGUUUGUGAUCAGUAUAUUUUGGGCUUAUUUCAUUUUAAAACAUUGUUUUUUUUUAGUUGUUAAUGCAGCCCAUCGCUGGUCUUCCCAUAAGGAACCUUCCUCAUUAACAAUUAAAAAAUAUAUUUGAGAAUAAAACAUGGCAAAAUACUUAUCGGACCUGAUAGAAGAUGUGUACUUUAAUUUAGGUAGUUGAUGAUUUAGUCCGUUCUUUAACGGUAAAAUAUUGCAAAACCUCUAAAUUUUAAAGAACCGCUUGGAUUGACAUGAAAUUUGGCAUACACAUAGCUAACAAGUCAAAGAAAAAAAGUGAUAUUGUGCCGAUAUGUGCUUUUGUCCUGGGGGUGGUUUUCACCCCCUCUUGGGGGUGAAAAAAUAUUCGUCCAAAGAAAGUCAGGAAAUGGAUAAACUGGCUAAUUUUAAGUAACUUUUGUUCUAUAGAGUUUUUUCACUAAGUCAAUACUUUUCGAGUUAUUUGGCAGUGAAUAUGUUCAUUUUUUCAAAAAAAAUAACCACGCUUUUAGACGGUUUUUCGCAAAUAACUCAAAUAGUAAGUAUUUUGUCGAAAAAACAUUCUUAGCAAAAAUAUAGUCUGUAAAAAAUUUAAAAAAUGGUGUAUACAUCACGUCUCUACACCUAGUAGAAGCAGAGAUAUAGCUAAUGAAAAAUAGUUUCAUAUUCGUCAAAUUCCAAAUGGAAUACUUUAACUUGAAAUAACCAAAAAUGAAGCACAUUUCGGGAAAAACUCAUUACAACUUAUUUAAAGUGUUUAAAAAAAGCUUCGUUUUUGUUUUAUAAAAAAAAUUUCUAGCAUCAAAAUUAAACAAGUUACGCUCAAAAUAAAGUUACUCCCUUUUGGUUUUGGUAAAAAAAUCGAGAAAAUCACCCCCUAAUUAGUAUCUUAAAUGAACUUAAUCGUUACGACUUCACAAGUUUCUUGACUCGUGUAUAUAUUGUUUAUAUGAUCUGUAAGUUUCAUCGGUUCAAAGUCCUUAUUAUUGAAAGGGCUGUAGUUAAAAGGGGUUGAACGAGUCACUGAUCACGAAUGUAUGCAAAUUUAGAAACACCAAAUCUUAAUCAAUUUUUGUCUAACAGAAAAACAAAAAAAUACAUGAUAUUCAGAAAAGCAAAUCUGACUUUUUUGUUUUUCGAGAUUUUUGGUAUCUCUAACAAUUUUUAAGUUACUUUGAAAAAAAAGCAUAUUUUUCAAAAUUUAAAUUUUUAAAAAUUUUACUUUGAAACCAAAUUUUUUCAAAAAUAAGCACUUUGAAUCGAUGAAACUUACAGAUAAUAUAAGCACAACAUAAGUAAAAUAAUUUGGAGCGGUAACGAUUAAUUUCAUUUAAGUUGCUAAUUAGGGGUUGGUCUUCCCGAUUUUUUUUUGCAAAAACAAAAGGGAUCAACUUUAUUUUGAGCGUAACUUGCUUAAAUUUAAUGCUAGAAACUUUUUGUAAAAACAGAAAUAAAGCUUUUUUAAAACACUUUAAGAAAGUUAUAAUGGGUUUUCCCCAAAAAGUGCUUAAUUUUUUGGAUAUUUCACGUCGAAAUAUUCUAUUUGAAUUUUGGUGAAUAUGAAUAUAUUAUUCAUUGGCUAUAACUCUGGUUCUACGAGAUCCAGAAACCUAACGCGUACACCAUUUUUUACAUUUUUAUAAGAUAUAUUUUUGCUAAGAACAUUUUUUUCGACAAAAUACUUACUUUUUGAGGUAUUUGCGAAAAAUCUUCUAAAAAUGUGGUUAUUUUGUUGAAAAAUGAACAUAUUCACUCGCAAAUAACUCGAAAAGUGUUGACUUGGCGAAAAAGCUCUAUAGAACAAAAGUUACUUAAAAUUAGUCAAUUUACCCAUUUCAGGACUUAUUUUGGACAUACAUUUUUUCACCCCCAAGAGGGGUGAAAAUCACCCCCAGGGCAAAAGCACCCAUCGGCACAAUAUCACUUUUUUCUUUGACAUGUAAGCUAUACGCAUGCCGAAUUUCAGGUCAAUCCAAGCGGUUCUUUAAAAUUUAGAGCAAAAACCGUGAAAGAAUGGACUAAUUUCAAAAAUAAUAUGUUUUUUCUUGUGUUUUUGAGUCUUGAAAAUCGCCCUUUUUCGUUUUUUUUUUCAGUUUUAAAUUGUUUAUAACUCGAAAACGAUCAACUUAAGAGAAACACUACAAAAAUCUUUUUUUGUUUCGAAUGAUCCAAAAAAUCUAAAAUAAUAUCUGCCCAGGCCGAAAAAAUUUUAGUAGAAUUUAUAAAAAAAAAAGAAUGUGUGUGUACUUUGUACGCACGUAAGAAGUUAUACUUCUAUUGUACGAUUUCAACCAAAUAAAUAUACUUUCGAACAGUUUAUUUAUAUUUUAUUUAAAGAUUAAACUAAUUUUUACUUACUACUUUCCAAAAAGUUUUAUUAAAACAAUAUCAAAAAUAAAAAAAAAUUAGAAAACACCCGGAUUCGAACCGGGGACCUCUUGGUCUCCAAUCGAACGUUCUACCACUGAGAUAUAUUCCUUUUAUUUGUGCGGGUGCGGACUACAAUAUUUCACAGACAUAGUGUCAAAUAGACCAAGUGAAGUAUAAAAAUACAUACUUUAAUUACUUAUUAUCUUAUUCCCGAGGUAGACAAAUCCAAAGAUACAAAAAUUAUAAUAAAUAUAUUUACUAAAAACACUAAUAUAUUCUUUUCACACCGUUUUUGGACUAAUACAUACAUAACUUAAAACAUUUAGCAACGAACUCCAUACUGUCUGUGUGCGCAUGCGCGCAGAAUAAUAAAAAUUCACUCCCAAUCGCGCCUAAAGAAGUAUAACUUCAAAAAGUAAUUUUUUAAUUAUUAAUUAAUUAUAGUCUGGACAAAAUUAUAUCGGGCAGCCCUUGUUUUUUAUAAUUUUUAACAUACUAAAUUACAUAUCAAAUAAUUUUUAUCCACUAAACAGAUCGGUGAUGGUCAUUGUUAUAUCGGAUCCUCUACUAUCUUUGUUUAAUUUUUUAUUAUUGCUCAAAAAUUUAUUUAGUUAGGUGUUUUUUAUAGUUUGUGUUCUAUGAUAUUUAAUAUAUAUGUAAUAAAACUUGUUUUUUAUAAAAAAAAAUAUGUAAUGGAAGCUGACAAACGUAUUAUGAACUUUUUUAAUAGUCCGCAAUUUAUUUUUGUGAAGUUUUACAAAACGUGAAACACAUUCUUUAGCGGAAACGUUAAAAAGAGGUCAAGAGAUUUAUUUUUGGUCCAAGUUGUGAGGCUGCUCCCCUAGGAAAAUUUUUUCUGAUUCGGUUCCUGUUCAUAUAUAUCCCCCUUAAACAAAUCUAAAGGGUUCCGGGCGAAAUUUUUGGUAGAAAUUGUUUACAACAAUUUUUUAAACAAAUUUAAAAAAUUCCCUUCUUUGUUCCAAAAAAUAUGUUUUUAGGUUUUUUUGGAGAAUUCUAAACAAAAGGUAUCGUUUUUCUCUAUAGUUAACAGUUUUCGAGUUACAAGCGAUUUAAAUUCUAAAAAAAUGCGAAAAUACGCAUUUUUGAGUCUUGAAAACUUAUUUAUAAAUUAUUAUUUUUGAGGUUGCCAAGUGCCUAAAGUCUAGUUUAAACAUUCAAUUUCAAGAAUUUGAAGGGUAGUCGAGGCUCAUUUCAAUUUAGACCGUUUUUAAUUGUUGACAAUUUAUGCCAAAAUGUCACUUUUGUUCGAUUGCAGUUAAAGUGUGAUCCGGACAUGUGUGCUUCAUAAAAACGCUUUAUAAUCCUCUUAUACAAAUUAAAUAAUACAAUGUAUGGUGUAUUUCUUUAAAUUCACAUUAACAGAAAUCUUCAAAUAUUAUUUACUACGCGUAUAUACACUUCUCUAAAAAAAUUAACGCACCACCUUAAAAAUGUUGUCCGAUUAAGUUAUUUUUUAAUAUGUUGCCUUAUUCUUGAACAAUAUCACUGUAAUAAUAUUGUUCCUAGACAGCAAAUUGUCAUUGUAUACCGGGUGUACCAGUCAAACUGUGUUUUUUUUUCUCAAAGUUCUCAACACCCUGUGGAAUAUUGUAGCAUUUAUAAAAUACUGAAAUUAAAACCCAACUAAAUUAUAGCCUAAGGUUUUUUAACAUUCUGUCUUUUGAUUCAUUUGCUUAUAUUCGAUAAUAAAAAAGUUAGGUACUUUAACAACUAGCCAUGUUUUUCAUCAAUGCAGGGAUGUUUUUAAAUAAGUAUGACAAACUUUAAGGGAUAAUUCUGCAUGAAAAAAUAUUGACAGUUUGCUUUAUAAACGUAUGGCCGCAAAUGCUUCGUUUCCGAGAUACGGGGUGUUUAAAAUUUUCUUACAAACUGAAGAUUUAUUGCUCUAAAACCGGUUGAGAUAUGCAAAUGAAAUUUGGUGUUUAAGGGGUAGUUAUUGCGAAUGUUUUGACAUAUAGCUAAGAAUUUGAUAUUCCCCAUUGGCGCGCAUGCGGGUAAUAUGACCCGUAUGUGCGCCAAUGGUGAAUAUAAAAUUCUUAAUUGUAAGUCAAAAACAGCACAAUAACUACCUCUUAAAACCCAUUAAAUUUCAUUUGCAUAUCUCAACCGAUUUUAGAGAAAUAAAUCAUCAGUUGGUACGAAAAAUUUCAACACUCCGUAUCUCGGAAACAAAGAAUUUGCGGACAUACGUUUAUACAGCAAACUGUCAAUAUUUUUUCAUACAGGAUUACUCCUUAAAGUUUGUCAUACUUAUUUAAAAACACCCUGUAUUGAUGAAGGAUGAAUGAAUCAAAAAACAGAAUGUUAAGAAAACCUGAGGCUAUAGUUGGGUUUUAAUUUCAGUAUUUUAUAAAUGCUAGAAUAUUCCACAGGGUCACGCGAAUUUUGAAAAACUCAGUUUGAUUGGUAUACCUGGUAUACAAUGACAAUUUACCUGUCUAGUAAUAAUAUCAAUUUCAGCGAUAUUGUUAAAGAAUAAGGCUAUAUCAUAUUAAAAAUCACUUAACCCUCGUAAUGCGGUGCUUAGAUUCUUACGUAAACAAUGUUGCGGGGUGCAUUUGCACCCCAUCCGUAUAUCCAUUUUUUUGUAUGUGAACGUUGGGGAAAUUAAUUUGAAAGAUAAUUAUUACUUGUUUUUCAUAUUAUGAAACAUAAUUUUACAAACAAAGUACUCAUUUCUUCUUAAAAACAAUAUUAUCGCUGCAAGACAAACACAUGAAAUUUUUCACAGUGUGAGCAACACAAAAUUUAAAACAACACACAAUACAGUUGUGCCGGGACUUUCGGUCUUUUUUUCUGACAUAAAUAACACCGAUAUUGUCCCAUAGCUCUGUAGGUGGAACAGCAGAAACGUCUAAUUCAGGAUGAAAUUUUUAUCAUUUGCACCUUACAGUCAUUUUUCCAAAAUAAAAACACGUAAACGCAGAGUUUUAAACGCUGUAAUGGGUGAAAUGCGUUUAGAAUUUAAUUUAAUGCGAAUAAAAAAUGGAUAAACAUCAAAAAAAUUUAUUACAAAAGAUAGGUGAGAAAAACGAGGUCUGGGGUGCAGCUGCACCCCGCACCGCCUUACGAGGGUUAAAUCGGAGAACAAGUUUAGGAAAUUCGAGACAUCAAAAAUGACCCAUUUUUAAGGUGGUGCGGUAAUUUGUUGGAGAAGUGUAAUAAAAUAUGUCUAGGGGUUGUAAUUCCUAGUGCUUGGCUAAAAGGCUAAAAGAUUCUAGGAAGGAACAGACCUAUAACUUAAAUAUUUUGUAUUGGUAUCAUGUGACGUCACUUGCUAUGACGACUGUACCAACGUAUGAGUUUUCAAGUCUCAAAAAUACGUAUUUUCGCAUUUUUCAGAUUUUAAAUCACUUAUAACUCGAAAACUAUAAAUUUUUGAGAUGGCCGAAAAACCUAAAAAAACAUGUUUUCCUGGACACAAAAGAUGAAUUUUGGAAUUUGUUUAAAAAAAUGGUUUAAACAUUUCUGCCCAAAAAUUUCUGGUAUUUGUACCCUUCAGAUUAGUUUAAAGGGGACAUUUUUGAAUAGGAAUCGGUAAAGAAACCGAAUCAGAAACAUUUUUUCUUCGGAAUCGGCCUCACAACCUGGACUAAAGAGAUUUAUUUUGUUAUCUGUAAGGAUUAACAAUUUAAGACUUUUUGAAUAAUGUUAGCAGUUCAUUUUUUCAGAAAUAUUGUAUAAAGUUGUAGAUAGAUUUUUAACGAUAUACCUAGUCGCGUUACAUAUUAUAUAACUUUUUGAAUUUGGCACUUGGGAAAUUUUAUAGAAUUAGAUGUAGAAAUGCUCGUUUUGAUAUUAAAAUAAAAGACUGGACUUAAGUAUUUCUACAAGAAAAUUUUGUUCAGAACAAAAAACGAUACAUAGUCAUUAUGGAAGUGUUUUUUAUUGUAAAAUAGUUAUUUUUUUAAAACAUUUUAACCAAUUAUAUUUGUUUACUUGAAGUUUAAGGUUCACGAAGAACUGAAUAUCCUGAUAAGUAAAAUAAUAAAUACAGGAAGAAUUUUAGAAGAAUGGAGAACCACUCAAAUGAUGAGCGUUAUUUAAGAAAGGUGAUAGGGCAGACCCCAGUAACUAUAGAAUGAUAAAUUUACCGAGCACUAUAAUACUGAAGCCCACAACAAAAAUACUGACGGAGAAAAUAAUGGCGUGCAUAAAUAUAUCAGAUGGAUAACAAGGAUAUAGAAGUGGAAGAUCAUGUAACGAUGCAGUUUUUGUGAUAUAGCGGGCACAUAGCGGAGAAAUCAUUAGAAUAUAACAAACCUUUUUCUGUUUUAUAGACCUUGAGAAAGCGUUUGAUAGAAUACAAUUAAAAGAUGUUAUACACCUACUAUAAUAUGACAAAAAUUUACCACUGAAUAUCAUAAAACUGAUAGAAAACAUAUAUAUGUAAGAAAUAAAAUAGAAAUGAAAGUCAAUGGAAUAAUAACAGAACCCAUAGAAGCAAACACAGGAAUCAGGCAAGGAGAUUCACUAAAUAAUAUAAUGUUGGAUGCAAUAAUAAAACAAGUGAAGAAAAAAAGAGGGUACAAAAUGGUCGAUGUAGAUAUAAAAAUACUCUGUUAUGCCGAUGACACCGUGUUAGUAGCAGAGUGCGAAGACGACCUACAAAGAUUACUGCACGAAUUCAGCAUUAACGCAAAAGAAAUGAAUAUGAAAAUAUCAGCCCAAAAAACAAAAAGCUUAGUAAUUACCAAAGAACCAAUAAGAUGCAAAUUGGAGUUAGACAAUCAAAUUAUACAACAAGUAAUGACUUUCAAAUACCUGGGAAUUAAUGUAUCAGCCGACAACAAUAUCGAAGAAGAGGUAAAAGACCAAAUAAUUAAAGCUAGUAGAACGGCCGGAUGCCUAAACGACACAAUUUGGAAAAACAAACACCUAAGAGUGGAAACAAAGGCCCAAAUUAAUGUCAGUUAUUAGGCCAGUUAUGACUUACACAGCUGAAACAAGACCAGAUACAAGAAAAACACACAUACAUCUGGAGACCAACGAAAUGAGGAUCUUACGAAGGAUUGCUGGAAAAGGACUACAGGACAGGGCAAGAAGUGAGGAAAUCAGACGCAUAUGUGGGGUAGACAAUAUAACUACCUGGGUAAAGAACAGAAAAGAAGAGUGUAAUCAACACAUAAGCAGGAUGUCUGAAUCAAAGAUAGUAAGAAUAGCCAUGGAAAAGUCACGGUUAAGCAGAAGAAGUAUAGGACGCCCAACGAAAAGAUUGAAUGAAAAUUUAGGGACAGAAUGAAACGCACCGUUGAAGAAAAACACGCAGUACUGCCUAUAUAAAAGAAAAAGAAGAAGUUUAAGAUAACAGAGUUGUAUAUGCGAGAGAUACUCACUCUAUUUUCUCAAUUUACAUUCUCAAUUUGGUUUUUCUUGUCUUUCUGUGGACUCUGGACAAAAGUAUGCAAUAAUUUUUGCUAUAAAAUUAGAGAAAAAUUCAGAGCUUCGUUCAGAUUGUUGAAACAUUAUAUUAUUUGUGAAUUAGUCCCUCCUGCAUUUAAAAUAGUAAAAAAAAGUAGCAUUGGCCAUCUUCGAAUAUUUCUUGAGCAAUUGUAACUAGCACAAAGUUUGUCUACAAAAUCAACAUUUUGAGACCAUCUGUCUUCUUAAGCCAUAGUGGCUUCUUCUUAACACUUAUUGGCGAGCACUAUUCUUCUUUUAGUUUCUUCACUGACAUCUUUAGUUAUCAGCGAGCCUAAGUAUAUGAAGGUGUCGACACCUUCCAGUUCUAGAUUGUCAAUUAUUAUUCUUAAAGAGUUCGUAUGGGUGUCUGCUUAUCUAAUGAUCUUCUUUUUUCACGAGGAUUCAUGUUGUCAAGACGUAAACAUCUUAGAAGAAAUUUAAACGACUUAAAAAGCAUGCUUAGAUGAAAUAUCUCUCUACAUGACAAAUUGAUUUUCCACAUAUAUUCAAUGUUCAGACGGUUUGCGUUAUAAACUCCGACCAUGUACAUGUACAGUAACCCCAGUAGAGCACGAAUCUCCAUAGGCGUAACCAGGAUGAUCCUAAGGGGGGGUUACAACUACUGGAAAGGGGGGGGUUACAACUACUGGAAGGUCUCUGAGGGGUAUGGUGUUAAGCGUAUAGAGCUAAAAGUACAUCCCAAUGGGGGGUGUUAUAACCCCCAAAACCCCCCUGGUUACGCCUAUGCGAAUCUCAAUCAUAUUUGAAGGUGCAGCAUCUCGAGAGCGGGAAAAAUUAUGGCGAAUGGACUCGAUAUAUUGAUUUGUAAAUUGAACAAUCAAAUUAAUCUUACCAUCAUCGAUAAAGUAUUCCCAUAUUUCUUUAAUCUCUUUCACAGGCCUGGUAGGUACUUCAUUUAAGAGAAUGAAAAAUGUUUAUAAUUUUAUUUGCUCUGGUUCCUAUAGUCUUAGGAGCUGAUAAGCAUUUUUUUCCAGUGUGUUACACCAUUCUGUCCAAUAGACGAUAACAUAUUGCUCCCUUUAAUAUGGUCUUAAAAUAUCUUGUUCAGAUUCACUUCCUUCCAGAUCUACUUUCUGAUUGUCUCAUUCUUGACAUCGGAUCCAUCAUAGACAGCUUCAUCACUGUCCGUGAUUACCUUUUCCAUCAAUUUUUUCAACAUCUCCUGCUAUUUUUCGUAAUAAUUCAUUUCUGUAAUAAAUUAUAAAUGAGCAUAUCGGAUAAAAAUAACUGUAUCCAAUAAUAAAUACCUUUAUAAAUAAAUUGAGGAAGUAAAAAAACAGGACCCGGUGUCACAGACCAUUUAACUUUUAGUUGGCACUGCCAAAACCAUUUUUCAAGGAAAAAAUACUUGUUCAAAUAGUGUUCAAAUAUAAACGGAAAAUUGGAGUUGUUGUUGAAGCAGAAGAGUAGGCAUGGCAUUCAUAAAUAAUCUUAGAGCGGAUCCGAUGUUUAUAUAAUCUAAGUAGAGUUCUACCGUCUGCUCCCUAGUUUUGCAUUAAUUUCAACAAUUCAAAUACUACAAUUUCAAGGUCUUAAAUAUUAUUGGCUGUAGACGUACAAAUAAAAACAGUUUUAUGAUGAAGCAUAAGCUUCUAAAUCAAUUAUUUUCUUUUAUAUACAUAUUUAAAUAUAAACAGACAAUAUGAAGCACUUCUUAUUAAUGGUAUUUUAUAAAAAACAUAUAAUCAAUGUUCUGAACAAAAUCUGUUGGUAUAGUACUUUAUCUUGUCUCAUGGAUAUGUAGGACUUUUUAUUUAUUUCAUUGUAUUCAUUUUUCUUGACUGAUCAAAUCUAUAAAAUACUAAGUAUUGCUUAAUUGGAAGAACAAUUCAAACAGCCGUAUGCAAUUGAAAUUAUUGGUAUCCACAGUCAUGUUAACAAUAUUUACCACAGUUUAUUAUUAUUAUUAUUAAAUUAGUGAAAACACAAAAUAUCUAACGAGAUCUGUAAAACUGAUAAUAAAAAUAUUAACAGGUAGAAGAGAAACUUUGUUUGGCGUAUAUGGCAGUAUGUACAAUAUUAGUAACUUAAUCAGAAAAAAAUUGCAAUCAUUGCAUUGGAAAAUUGCGCAAAGUUGUGUUGCACAGUAAGUAAUGUAAAUAAUUCACCCAUCUUCUUCUUCUUUGUGUGCCGUGCUUGUUUUCAAGCGUUGGCUAUCGUCGUAUCAAAACAAGCUGAUGAAAUGUUUCUCGGUCUGCAGCUAUAUGAAACAAUUCCUCGGCCGUUCGACCUGUCCAUUGUCUAAUUUUACGCAGCCAGGACAGUUGUUUGCUUCCAACCCAGCAUUUUCCUUCGAUUUUGCCCUGAAUGAUUAACCGGAGUAAGCGAUAUUUAGGUCCUCUUAUUAUAUGACCGAAGCCUUUCUUAUUAUCAUACUUACCUAAUCCAGAACUCGUCUACCUUUCGGUGUGAGUUAUUACGGAGUUAGGUUCUCCGUCGUUUUCUUCCACAUUUUCUUGCAUUUCCUUCUAUCCAUGGCCAGUGAUUUUGUUUCCUCCCAUUUUAUUCCUCUUUUGUCGGCCGCUUCCCUCACUUCUUCUGUCCACUGUCUCUAGCACACGUUCGUUAGAUAUGUGUGCUGUCCACGGUAUUCUGAGCAUGCGACGGUACCACCACAACUCUUCUAAUUUGUUAAAAAAUUUCUUAUUUUUGUUGUCCAGGUUUCACAUCCAUAGAACAAAACGGACCAGACGUAGCACUUCAAUACUCUCAGACGUGUGGUCACUGACGGACUUCUACUGCACAAUACAGAACGCCAGCUAAUAAAGUUUCAACCCUGCAGUCAAUCCAGCUACCCAGAUAUAUAAAGUGUUCCACCCAUUCCAGGAUUUGGUUAUCUACUUUUAGUACUGAGUCCUCGAUAUUAAUUUUUCCGACCACUAUCCAUUUUGUUUUCUUUGCCUUGAUUGUUAAGCCCUUUGCAGUACAUUCGUUGUUUACAGCGUUCAAAAGGGUUGGAAGGUCUUCUAGACUCUCUGCCAUUAUGGCGGUGUCAUCUGCGUAUCAGAUGAAAAAGUAUUGCCAAGGUCACCGAUUUCAUUAAGUCACCAAGGUCCCAAGUAAUUAUAUAAGGCUCUUGAAUUCUUAAGUGAAGCAUAGAGCUUCAGUGAAAACGCUUCAUCGGGUUCUAUUUUGCGCUAAGACCUUCACCUCAUUCCAAGACUUUCCUUGGCUUCUUAUCUCGUCCAUGAUGGAUCUUCUCCAAGUUUGUGCGGGGCGACCUCUUUUUCUUUUUCCUUGGGGAUUCCGCUCUAGGGCAGUCUUUGCAAUACUGGAACUAUUUUUUCGGAGUGUGUGACCGAUCCAACACCACUUUCUGAACUUCAUUUGAUUUUAUACCAGUGGCGGCUCGUCAGAGGAGGCAAGGGAGGCACAGCCUCGCCAUAAAUUUUUUACACACUCUACACUGUUUUGUUUAUCAUGAAUCGCGAAAACAACAAGCAGUCUCACUGUUAUACAACGUGUAAAUUCCAUAUUAUCACUAAUUAUCCAAACGUACGGAGCAUUAGCAUUAGAACGCAUGAUCGCGUCUCAGUUUUAUUACAUAUUAUUGUAGGCAGGACCCUGGGUUAUCCCGAGAUUCAUGAACGGAGCCGAGAAAAUGCUCUGUGCAGCGCAGCAGGCGUUUAAGGAGACCCGGUCUCAUAACAGUGGCAUCUACGGUGCCAUCACACGCUGCCCGGAGAUAUACCAAGGGAGGCAGAGUAGCUUCUUGGCUCCGUUGCGUGGUUGCGUACGUCUCGGGACAACGAAUUUUAGGGUCCUGACAAAAAAUAAUGAAAAAUCUAAAAGUGAGAAUUUUGUUAUGAAAUUUGGUAUGUGGGGUUAUAAUAAUAUUUGGAACAAUUUGCUCAAAAAACUUUUUCCGAUAUCUCUAACUCAAAGCAAAAUAUCGGUAAUUUAUCGUGUUUUUGAAUUCGCAGUAGGCCGCGUUUAGAAUUAAAAAAAAUUCAGUUGAGUAUCUUAAAAAAUUUGAAGCUUCAUUAUGUAUGGACGGCAAAACUUCAAAUCUGUAUUUAUUUUGAUAUGCAUAGGUAUCUAUUUACAAAUAGAUGGAAUUGUUAACAAAUAAACGACACAAACUUUGGUAUUAAACUUUUACAAUUAGACUAACUAUUUUUAAAAUGAUGUGAUAUCAUGAAAAUUAUGAAUUAGGAUGAUAUUAUGAAAUGUAAAUAAAAAAUGGUCAAAAAAUGGGGCCUUAAAUUACAUUUUUUGGCGCAUUUUUUUGCUAGUGCACAUUUGUCUAGAUAUUUUACAGUUAGGUAUAGCCUCCUCUAUUGUAAAAAUCACGAGCCGCCACUGUUUUAUACCCUCUUUUCUUCAGUCAGGUGUAGUAGAUCUUCGUGUCUGUGUUUUCGGUGAUUCCAGAGUCGUCAACAUUUGAUCCCUCCAGUUCGUGUCUACCAAAGUUUCAGUGAUAAGAUCAAAUUUAAGAUCGGUAGGUUAUUGGCCUUCCGCGCCAGUCUGGUGCCGUGACUGCCGACUGUAGCUUCCAGACAAGCCUCAGGGGAUAGUGGUUCUGGAGGUGGCAACGACAUUUUCUUCGUGGAGAGAUGUUAAGGAUAUACCGCCUAUUUUCGGUCGUCAGAGCCUCGUUUGGGAUAAGGUUCACCAACGUGAAGGUGAUGUUGACAGUUGAGUAGGAGAGGCUAUUUGACGUAUCACUACCCCAUUAGAACCUUCGAAUUAAUUGGGUUACUAGUAAAACUUAUUAUAGUCUUUCAAAACUGUACCUACGGCCAAGUGAAAUGAUCUUCUUGUUAAGUAUAUAUUUAAAACCUACAGAGAUAAGUCACUGAGAAUAUAAGUAAAAUGUCCUGUAUAGACUGAUGUAGGUAAACAUUUUUAUACAUUAUAAUAUAGAAAACAAAGUUUUAAGAAACUAUAGUGAUUUGUAUGAAAAUGCAGUGAAUUAUUAAAAUUAAUAACUUAGAUUACAAAUAUCUUGCUUCUUCCUAAAUUGGGGGGGCCGACCCCCCAAAAAACCAUUUAUUAACGCAGGAAUAUUCUGCAUUUGUAGCAUUUAAGGCAAACCCGCCAGUUUUUUAAAAUAUAUUAAAACCUAAUUAUAUUUAAAAUUAUAAAUAGAAUGAUAAAGUUAGCUUUUAGUUAUAGUUUAUAAGUAUUUCAGCAGAAUACUUAUAUUAAGCAGAUUGUACUGAUUCCAGUGAUAUUCUUACUGGAUGUUCGCCUAAGAAGCCUUUAGAAUAUAAAUAAAAACUAUAUAAAAUAUAAUAUAUUAUAAUAUUUAUUAGGUGAAUAGAAAAUGAUGCUAUAUACUUAACAUUUUCGGUACUGUGCAGACCUAUAUAUCCCAUGGAAUUUAAAAAAGCUCUAAUGGUAUCUGUUUGCCCCCUAAAUUCACUUUAAUCAAAUAUAACCCUGUUACUAAACAUUUCGUGAUGUUAUGCAACCAACAAUUCUAUUAUAUAACCUAAAAUUUUCUAGAAAUAGGCCAUUCCAACAUGCUGUCAAUUUUAAAAUCAAUCUGACAGCGGGAGGCAAACAUAAAUGUUAUUCUAUUAGUUCUUAAUGUGUUUUAGAUCAUUUUAGUUGCAUUUAUUUGUAAUUUUGUUUUAUACAAGGAUUAAUUUAACAUUUUUACAUUUUAAGCAUUAUGCUACAUUUUAAGCAUAAAACCAACUGAACUAAAUAAGUUAUGAUCUGAGAGACAAACAAUGGUUAAAUAUAAUAAGAAAGCUAUAAAAUAUACUAUAAAAAUGCUAAGUAACUAACUACUGUACCUACAAGCAACAUCGUCUGCCAACAACUAAAUAAAGUCGUUCAAGUACUUCUACAAUUAAAAACUACAUAUAAACAACAACAAAAUGUUCGCAAAAUACAAUUAGAAAACUAUUAAAGUGGUAAAAAAUUUAAGAAACACAAUGUUAAAAAAUUUAAGAAACACAAUGUUAAAAAAUAUAAACAAAUAAAAUAUGUUCGUUCGCGGAUCUUGACGCGGACUUUUAGUCAUGGCAUGCUCCACUUGUCGUCAACUAGUCCCUGACGUGCCCUGACUGUCUCUGCGAAUACAAUUAUUAAUUGCCUCCCGGCGCGGCGGUGACAUAAACGUUAAAGUCUUAAAAUGGCCUAUAGGUGUUCUUGUACAACGUGGUUCUGUGUUUUUUUUUUCAAAAUUUAUUCGUGUAUUACCUACUAAUGGGACACAUUGGUCUCAAUAUAAAUCACUAUGGGACACGGUUGUCCCAUGCCCUAUCAAGGAUUUAAGGAUAUUUAAGAAAAAUAGAUCAAAAAUGAAUAACCAUUUUCAAUUUCGUUGCAAAACGAAAAUGCAGCCGAACCAUAUUCUAGUCCAAUCAGAGAGUGCAGCAAGCACCUCUACCGGUUUCGAAACUUAUUAGUCUCUCAUCAGAAGGCACAUAAAAUAUGCUGCUCUCCCUGAUCCAACCAGAACAAACCCCAGCGUGCAGUCCCGGAUUGCAACGAACGAAAUGGCAUAGAUGCCCUAGCGGCAACUGCUAGCAAAAAGACUAAGUUUUCACUCUAAUGGCAUAUAAAACAACAUAAUGCUAUUCUACAUCCCUGUUUUCCAUUCUUGUUUUCAUUCUGGUGGGAUGUAGAAUAGCAUUAUGUUGUUUUAUAUGCCAUUAGAGUGAAAACUUAGUCUUUUUAAAAAUAGAUCACUUUAAGCACCCUUAUACUAUUGAUAGUGAAUAGUGAAUUGAUAUUGAAGAGUCAACAAAAGACUGGAAAUAUUGGAAACCAUUAAGACACGAAAGCUGCAGUACCUGGGGCAUGUUAUGCGUAAUGAGAGAUACAACAUACUUCAAUUAAUUAUUCAGGGGAAAAUCCAGGGCAAGAGAAGUGUGGGAAGAAGAAAAAUCUCAUGGUGGCGUAACUUGAGGGAAUGGUACGGAUGCACAUCAACCGAACUAUUCAGAGCAGCAGCAUCUAAGAUCAGAAUAGCCAUGAUGAUUGCCAACCUCCGUCGCGGAGAUGGCACGUAAAGAAGCAGAAGAUACUAUUGAUCAUAUUUUUGUCUGAAAAAUUUUGGAUAUCUGCGGAUUGUAUUCAGUCCUGAAAGGGAUAAUAUUUAACAUACUUACACGUUUAUUAUCUAAAAUCUAGUCUACAAAAAGUUUAUAAACUAGAAAUAACAUAAAAAUUAUAUUUCGAAGUAAAAAUCUGUUGUAAUUGGUAUAAGUAUUUAAUUAAAAAUUCAAAUGGAUUACAAUAGUUGUUCAGAACGAACGAUUUCGGACUUAUCAGUCCAUCAUCAGUGAACUUUGAAGUACUUGCGCUAAUAAGCGCAAAACCAAACAAUGGUUGGGUUUAAAUUGAAGACUGCAUACUUAAAAGUAUUACAUUCAGGGCCGGUUGUUCGAACGCUAAUCAAAAAUGAAAUCAACUGAUCAUUAUCAAAUAUUUAAUUACUGUCACCACCUGUCAAUAUCAACUUUGAUUGGGUUGCUGAAAACAUAAUUGAUUACAAUUAUGAGAUUAAUUGAUUAGUUAAUCAAUUAUGUUAAUAAUUGUAAUGUUAUUUAAUAAUAAUUAAUAAAUCAAUCAAUUAUGCUAAUCAUCAUAAUGAUAAUAAUUAACAUAAUUGAUUGCAAUCAACUGAUUGGCGUACGAACAACGGAUUUUGUUAUUUGAUGGUUGUUAAGGGGACUUGAUUAUAAUCAACUUCUUGAUUAGCGUUCGAACAACCGGCCCUAAACGACACAAAGUCGAUGUAAAUGGAUAGAAUUAUGCGGGAACAGUAUGUGUCCCUACUCAAAAUAGCAAUUACAUCUGUCUUGAACUACAAUAGCCUGCCAACUGACAAUCAGCUGUCAAUGUCGAAAGCAAUGAUUAAAUGAUAUAACAUCAAUGAAUACUGGUAGAGUUUUAAACAAAAAGUACAAAAAAUAAUUGACGAAGUCUUUGAAAAAAAGAGGUGAUAUAUAACAAAGCAGAAGGAAUUGCAUACAAAAAAGACAUUACUAAUCCCUCCGUAGAGAUUGGAGAGGCUUGGGUUCAAACUAUUUGCUAAGGAAAAUCCAAGGUAGAAAAAUUUACCAAAAUUUUUCACCACUCGAAGAUUAAGGAACAUAGGUUAACGAACUGCUAUUUAUUAUCAAGAUAUCCCUCAGACAUCCUUGAUCCAGUUUUACUUUUUGAAGUCGUUCCAUUAUACAGACUUUGGACUGCUUUGAUAAGACCAUGUUUAAUGUUGGUUAGCUGUAGGGUUGAUCAUAGUUUGCUGAGGGGUACACUGUCAUAAUAUACUUCUUUAACCAUUUGAUUAAUAUUACACAAGGAACUUGCACAUUUUUUUUAUUACAUAUUAAUGUUCAGUUUCGUUUAAAAAUAAGAUUUCCAAAAUUUCCUCGCCUUAAAACCUCAUAAUAACUUAGAAGUACAAAUUUAAAAUCUUCUAUGUAUUUAAAUCAUUUCAAACGAUCAAAAACACUUGUGACGUCACAUCAUUAUAUGUAUUUUCUACUGACGUUUCUAAUGUCUCAUUUAAAAUUAUACACAAUUUUAAAUAAUUUAACGUGAAGUAAAAAACUUCCUGGUGUAGUUGGUAUAAAACAUAAUUAAGAAUUAAAAUUCUAAAAAAUCCAAAAGGAUUAGAUUCAUUAUUUAGAACGUUUUCGGACUCAUCAGUCCAUCAUCAGUGAACUCCCGUGUCGUUGCAAAAUAGCCACAAUGCCAAGCACUGGUUGGGUUAAAUGUUCGAACUAUGUACAGUAGGAAAAAUGAAAGAAUACCCAUGAACGAACAUAUAAAACACGCUGUAUUUUCCUGUCACCGUGUCACACAAAAAAUUGGCCAGCGCAAGUACAUGUAAUAAUAAUUAUAGUUACAUGUACUUGCACUGGACAAUUUUCUUUGUGACACGGUGACAGGAAAAUACAGCGUGUUUUAUAUGUUCGUUCAUGGGUAUUCUUUCAUUUUUCCGACUGUACAUAAUAAAUACAAGAUGUGUAAACAUUAUAAUCUGACGUCACGAUGCGUUUUGGACUGGCUGCUAUAAUUUGAAUUUAGAAUCGUCUUUAGGGGCCAAACGAAAGACAAAAACACUUAAUUUUCUUUGAUAUAUAUUUUAAAUUAUGUUCUGUUGUGUUUUAUAACAUUUUUUUCGAAUUUAAAAUUGUAUGCAAGUUCUCUAUUAAAGAUACAAAAUGUUUGUUAUUGACAAGAUAUUAUUCCGUCUAUUACACAGCGAAAUAAAAACAAAACAGAUAUUUAGAAAAAAUAAAGUUAAUUAAUAAUUUAAAAAAAAAAAAGUAAAAAAUCACAAUCCGUCAAAAACUGAGGGCAGAAAUGUAACAUUUAUUCGAAAAAAAUUCAUUUAAUUCCGAAUGUCUAUUUUUAAUAGUGUUUUAAAAAAUUUGCAGUAACAUUGUUAUAGUGUCUUUCUCUAUUCACCCUGUAUAUAAAAUCGUUGCAUCCUUCAUCAUGUUAAAAAUAUUAAAAACAUUCCAUACUCCAUUUAAAAACGUGAGAUAUUUAGUACUUGAUAUUGUCCGAAUAAGAUGGUUAAAAAUUAUUGUCAAUAUAUCUUUAGAACUCAUGUAUUAAUAAAUAAAAAAGAAAAACCGAUUAAUGAUUCUAAAACUUAGAAAUAACAAAAUUGCUGCGAUUGAUAGUUGUAAUUAUAAAUGAUAAGCCUUUCGCAGAUGUACUAUAUAUUAUUACUAUUAUUAUAUUAUUAUAUACACUUGGUCCAGAUACGAUUUUUUAUUACUGUUUGUAAAGAUGCUGCUGUCUUGAGUUUACUUCUAAGAAGUAAAAAGUGAGUGCUUAUAAAUCUUGUAAUUUUUCACUGUAAGUAUAAAAAAUGUCUGUCUGGAUUAAGUGUUUUCCCAAAUAUUUAAUAACAUUGAAUUUAGAUGACACAAUGUAUUCUUUGAAUAGAAAUAAAAAUAUAUCGAAAA